UAUAUAUGUAUAUAAGAAAAUAAUUUACUGAAUUGAAAAAUUAAAUUACGACUUCGUACUCAGCAUAUGACAAUACAUUCAACUGAAGACACUACAUACAAGAACUGUGUGAAAAAACAAGUUGUAUUUCUUCCAAUAAUUUAAAACGCUAAUAUAAAAGUUCGCGAUACAAAUUAUAUGAUACUUAAAUUAUUUCUUCAUAAGAAAAAGUUGGCACUUCUGAAUUAAGCAGCUGUUUAGAACGCAAGUACACAGUAAAUCGUUCAAGGCCAACGUGAACAAAACUCGAAAAAGUUGGAUCGAAUUCGAUUUUUUACUUUGUGUAUUUAAAUCGAAUAAUUAGUAACAUAUCAUUCAUAAAGCUAGAAAAAUAUUGCCAUCUUUUAGAAAACAAUCUUAAUAUGGAUAAACCUGUAUCUUCUGAUAUUGUACUUAUUGCUGGUAAUUCUCAUCCAGAGCUUGCAAAUCUUAUUGCUAAUCGAUUGGGCGUUAAGCAUGGAGGAUGUUCCGUAUAUCAUAAAUCAAAUCGUGAAACCAUGGUCGAGAUUGGAGACUCUGUACGCAGUAAAGACCUGUAUAUCAUACAAACCGGCACAAAGGAUGUAAAUAAUAAUAUAAUGGAACUUCUGAUUAUGGCAUAUGCAUGCAAAACUUCUUCAGCAAAAAAUAUUGUUGGUGUUAUUCCAUAUUUACCAUACUCUAAACAAUGUAAAAUGCGUAAACGUGGUUGCAUAGUAUCAAAAUUAUUAGCAAAAAUGCUUUGCAAGAGUGGAUUAACUCAUAUCAUUACAAUGGAUCUACAUCAGAAAGAAAUACAAGGAUUUUUCGAUGUUCCAGUGGAUAAUUUACGUGCUAGUCCAUUUUUACUUCAAUAUAUUCAAGAAUCUAUUCCAGAUUACCAUAAUUCUGUAAUAGUUGCCAGAAAUCCUGGUAGUGCUAAAAAAGCAACCAGCUACGCUGAAAGAUUACGUUUGGGUAUAGCAGUGAUACAUGGAGAACAGCGAGAAGCGGAAUCAGAUAUGAAUGAUGGACGUUAUUCUCCACCUGCUUUAGCAUCACGAACAAUGGAAGUUGGAGUUGGUGUUCCAAUGCAUCCUGCCAAAGAAAAACCACCAAUUAAUGUUGUAGGAGAUGUGGGUGGACGCAUAGCUAUCAUGGUGGAUGACAUGAUAGAUGAUGUUCAAUCUUAUGUAGCUGCAGCAGAAGUUCUUAAAGAAAGGGGAGCGUAUAAAAUUUAUGUAUUAGCUACGCAUGGACUUUUAAGUUCUGAUGCACCAAGAUUAAUAGAAGAGUCUCCAAUCGAUGAGGUUGUUGUAACAAAUACAGUACCUCAUGAUGUCCAAAAAAUGCAGUGCCCAAAAAUAAAAACCGUCGAUAUCAGUAUUUUGCUGGCUGAGGCUAUUAGACGUAUUCAUAAUAAGGAAUCAAUGUCGUAUUUAUUUAAAAAUGUCACUUUGGAAGAUUAAAAAAUACAUUGAAGUAAUAGAUGUUAAGCAUAAAGCAGUUUCCACAUCCUGGGACCAUACUCUAAACAUAUCUAUUAAAUUUUGUUUAUUAUUUUACAGAUUAAUGAACAUGCUAGUCUGUACAAAA